AUGGGUUUAGCGAAUUUCCAAAACUCCGGCUUCAUGAACUCACUCAUGGCGACAUCGCAAAGGGAACCCGAGCGGGCUCCUCUAUUGGUGGAAGAGAUCGUCGAAAAGUCCGCCGGGGUAUUCCUUUGGGUAACUCUUGUAGUGAAAUCUCUACUAGAGGGCCUCCAGAAUUCGGAUCGAAUAUCGGAUCUUCAAAGACGACUACGCCAACUCCCUGCCGACCUCGAGGACCUUUAUCUCGUUAUGAUCGGAAGCCUCGAGCCAUUCUACGAACAGCAGGCUUCUCACAUCUUUCAGAUAGUCACCGCAGCUCGACAACCAUUGUCCGUAUUGGCAGUCUCAUUUGCUGAUGAGGAAGAUCCUAAUUUCGCCGUACUUGCAAAGAUGCCUCUGGACCGUAAUAAAAUGGUCUUCAGAUUCGAGGAUACGGUACGUCGACUGAAUAGUCGAUGUAGAGGCCUGUUGGAGGUUCGUAACGGUAGUUCAGCUUUCGGACUUGACUCUAAAGUCGAGUUCCUGCAUCGGACCGUCAAAGACUUCCUGGAGACACCGAGUAUAUGGAACCGGAUACUCUCUCAAAGCGCACCAAACUUCGAUGUUGAUAUUUCCUUGAUGCGAUCUUAUCUUCUCCAGUUGAAAACACUACACGGCACUGAGUGGGCGGAAGAAAUUUUCGGGAAGUAUACUGGAGAGUUCAUGGAAUUCGCGGCCGGCGCUGAAGGGAGGUCAGAUGACAUGCAACUAUCACUGCUAGAUAGUUUCUUUGAGACAGCAACUACGCUGUGGAAACUGCGGCCACAAGAUGAAAACGCUAAACGACUCGGUCAGGUCAAACUGCAGCAUGACUGGGUAGAAAUGGUACCCCCGCAGCGCAAUGUAGUUUGCUGCUUGUCUUUGGCAGCAUCAUUUGGCCUUCGCCAGUACGUGGAAAAUAGUCUGGCGAGGUAUUCCCCUUUGCAUAUGCCCCAACUAAGCCGGUCGAUCGUGUACUUCGCCGCCGUGCCCGCUCCGCUAUAUCUAAGUCCCAGACUUCCCAACACGAAACUCGUUGCCUUCCUACUCGAAUCGGGCGCUAAUCCUAACCAGCCCUAUGGUGGAAGCUCUGUGUGGAAGUACAUCCUGAAAUACGUCUGUGAAAACUGUAAGCGGCUCUGCAUGAGCGAGCACCGAGAGAUCUUGAUAUCCUUGAUCGAAGUAAUGAGGCUGCUCGUCGAAGCUGGUGCUGACCCGGAAGCCUGUAUUCCAUUUGCCGCCGAUAUUGUCUCGGAAACGUUUGGGUGGCUUUUGCCGGAGCAAUCCAUUGACUUGCGACAGCUCAUUGGAAAGAAGCUUGAAGAGAAACCCGGGCGCGCGCUUGACGAGGGCAAAGUGGUCCAUGGUAACAUCAAGGCUCGCAGUUUAAGAGAUCGGUCGACGAGAACAACCUCACAAACCAAUCUGGUUAUUCCAUCAACAGAAAAAGUCUUGCAACGGGACGGACCCAUGAGAGGGAGAUUUAGAAAGAGAGGAGGCACGCCCAGCAGGACGCGUUCAAGCUCAGAACAGGUCCGGAUCGUCGUCUCGAAGGUCAAUGAGAGCAAAAGCUCUGGCAAAUUGAAGAAGCAGAGACUAUCAAGAAGCUUUAAGAAGUUGAUGUUCUGGACGUGGCGGUGUUAA